UUUUUAACGGCCGUCGGAUAUCUGAGUUGCAGUCACGCAACGACAUAGUACUUUGAGAAGUCACUUUCUUGUAAUAUGGCCGGAAAAAUAGUACUCGUUAGCGGUUGUUCAUCGGGAAUAGGAUUGUCUGCGGCUAUUUUACUGGCCAGUGAUCAACAUAAGCGUUUCAAAGUUUAUGCAACGAUGCGAAAUCUUGAGAAGAAGAAAGAGCUUGAGGAACGAGGAAAGUAUGUCCUCGGAGACACACUUUUCAUAAAGGCCAUGGAUGUGUGUUCGGAUGAUUCUGUUAACGCGGUUGUUCAAGAGGUUAUAUCUGCACAUCAGCGAAUUGAUGUCGUCAUAAACAAUGCUGGAAUAGGCUAUUUUGGUCCACUGGAGGUACAAAGUAUGGAUUCAGCAAGGAACAUAUUCGAGACCAAUUUUUUCGGAGUAUUACGUCUCACCAGGGCUGUACUUCCAUAUAUGAAGUCCAACAAGGAGGGUCACAUUAUCUGCGUAUCCAGUAUGGGCGGUAUCAAUGGAGUGCCCUUCAAUGGCAUUUAUUGUGCGUCGAAGUUCGCUGUAGAGGGUCUGUGUGAAUCUUUGGCUCCGUUGCUCAAGACCUUUAAUGUGAGAUGCUCUGUGAUUGAACCAGGGCCAGUUUCAACAUCUUUUUUCGCCAAUACUAAAAUGAUAUCCGAAAGUGACGCUCUCCUUGACGAAGUAGAUGAUGAAACAAAACAUCUUCUUGAUAACUGCGUUAAAAAGAUGCGAGGUUCUUUCUCUACCAUGGUUCAAACUCCGGAUGAAAUUGCCCAGGUGAUCCUAGAAGCACUCGACGCGGAAAGGCCACAUUUUAGGUAUCAAACUAACAAGAAUUAUGUGUCUGCUGCGGCAAACAAGUUGGUGGAUAUUACCGGUGAUAAAUCAAUGGAAAUGAUGCACCAGCGUUUCUUCAGCUAAAAUUCUUGGAGACGUUUUGUCAGUGUUUAGACGGUGAACCUUUGAGUGAAAAGCUACUGGCAUUAUCAUAUAGAUUCGACACUACAUUUUAUAUACUUAUUUUAAGUCUUGUCCUUCCUCUCUCCUCUCUGACCAAUUGGAAAGAAGACCAAGGUUUUUGCUAAAAGAAAAACUAUGAACUAUAAUUGUUUUAAAUUAAUAUGUGAAUUUACCGCUGGAGUGGAGGAAAAAUAAAAUACUAAAACAAAACUAUGGACUACCCAAAAACAAAUCCAUGGGGUAAACAGAGCGGACCUACGUUUUGAGGGUCCAGUGCUCUCUCCAUUUGACCAUGCAGCCUACUGUGUCAAGUCUUACUUCAUCCAUGCGAGAAUAGACCACACUGACAUCUUUGCUAAUACUGGGGUCAGAAGGAACACCUUACCAGGUCGCUCAAGGGGCAUGUUGUUUCGCGCAGCUUCGAUCUUUGUUAUUGUCCUAUGAGAGCCUCUCUUAAAGUUGUGUGUUUGCAAACCUUUUUUUUUUCCAUGAUGGGCCGAGGAGAUCUUUGAUCUGUGUAAUAGUAUGGCUCGUAAUGCUGGUUAUCCUCUGACACAAUUUUUUUUUUUAAUAGAUCGAACCUACCAUACUUUCUCGUCUAUUUCCCUGGAAAUGCUAUUGACUUACUGCCCAAUUGUUUCUCACCAAAUUAUUGUAAUUGAAUUUUUCACAAACACGUUCGCCAUAGAAACCGUUCAAUCUUCCGGAAAACCCUUACUUUUAGCCUUUAAAUCCUGUAACCCAGAAACGAGAUUGAUGCCCACAAGUUAUUAUUAUUACCAAAUACUGCCAUCAGCGCAUAAGAUUCGCGGAUUCAUCUUUCUAUAAAACUUCAAAAUAUGAAAUUGUAUAUGUGGUACAGAAAUAAUUUGAGGUAGAUCUGAAAAAUAUGUAAGGUAUUUCUUCAAACAAACCAGCAUUCAAACAAGAACUGAAGUUAAGUUUAAGAAGGCAGGUUGCAAACCUUACCAGUGCUCAUUCUAGCUUCCGAAUUAAGUGAAGGGAAGAACUCAAAACGUAUUCACAAGUAAAAUGAAUGAGAAAAAAUUUUCUUCAUUCAAAGUACAAAAUAAUACAUUUUUCAGUUAUUCAUUAUAUAAAAAAGUAAGUAGACAGUUUAA